CCUGAGUAACCUCCUUUCUGCUCUAAAUGACUUGCUGUCACCUCUUGGGAUGGUGAUGUUUUCAAUUUACUUUCCAGUAAUAUGUCUUAACAUCAAUAUAGGUAUACGGACAUUUGAACCAGGUCACUCUGUUAUCCACCGUGUGGCUUACGUUUCGUGGAUGGUAUUGAACUCUUCAAUUCUCUUUCUUAUUUCUUUGAAUGGAGCUCGGGUAAAUGAAGCGGCGGGCCGCCUGUCAGAAGUUCUUUAUAACAUCAAUAUCAGAGAACUGGACGAAAAGAGUGAGCUUGAGCUGAUGUUACUAUUGUCAAACGUGAACUUUAACUACGCAAGUUUAACCGUUGGUGGCCUGGUUACUAUUACYAAAGAGAUCAUUUUAACGGUAUUUGGAACAAUUGUAGGAUACCUUACAAUUCUCAUACAAUUCAAAUAAUCUAUGUAAUAUUUAUCAUUAAUUCGUACUUUCUUUUUGUAUAAUCACGGCCAUUCAUUGAGKAGCAUGAUGAUCUCAGGUGCCAUCCUCGGUUAUUGCAAGUCCAUGAUGCAUGAAAGUUGGACAAAUCUAAAUAGUCUAGAGUCAAGAAACCUUCUUCAAGAAACCUAGCACUAAAAGGGACCGCGGAGCGGGAAUCUGAUUGGGGGGGCUAGCGGCUGCCAAUGGCAGAAGUGGGGGAUGUUAUUUCCAGCGUUUUCAGGCGUUUUCAAAUACAUAUUUCUGACCGUUAAAACCGCACACACGGUCACAUGCUAUUCAAUAAAAUCCAAAAGACUUCACAAAAACAUGGCUUAAAUUUUAAUUGUUUUUACACAAUCUUCACAUAAUGAAAAGUGAAUUUUCMCAAGGAGGCUCUUCGCUUAUUYAUUUAAGAAMAUUCMAAAUGGCGGAAAAUUAUUGCCCCCCGCGGUCCAURACUGAGCUUUGUUGUUUAAGCUGAGAUAAUUACGCUGGUUUAUUWUAAUAGUACUUAUUAUUAAUAAAUUAUAUAUCACUGCAUGAGCAUCGCAGAAGUCAUGGGUUUGAUUACCGAUGAAGCUUGAAUUUGUUUUGAGCGAUCCAUUUAUUAAUAAUUUCUUAAACUWUUAWAUUUCACUGCGAYGAUYAUAAUUCCUCACAUUUCUUCACSGCUAUCGAACYAUCAUUUCAAUAAAACCUUUUGUUCAAAGUUUGGAGUAAUGAAUGGCUUCUGAGCAAAUUAAGUUAGUUCAGGAAGUUUUACUAAUAAUCCUAAGAAGUGUAAUAAUCAUGAAUAAUUUGUGAUGCACCGA